AUGAAUGAAUGUCACCAACUAUACCCAUUACAAGGAACAACUCAAAAUGUUGGAAGGUUAUCUUCUUCACUAAAAGCAACAACAACAGUCUUAUCAUCAUCAUCAUCAUCAUCAUCAUCAAGUACAAAGAGAUGUUAUAUUUCUUCUUCUUCUUCUUCUUCUUCUUCAUCCUCAACAAAACAUAAAUAUACGAGUGGACCAGACAAUUAUAGUUAUGAUCAUGACUUUAAGAAUGCAAUGGAUAAUAAUGAACAGUUUUGGAAUGAGAAUGCAUCAAAUUAUGUACAUUGGGAUAAAAAGUAUGACAAAACAUUGGGAGGAACACCAGAGUAUCCCAAAUGGUUUGAAGGUGGUUUACUCAACGCUGCUUACAAUGCAUUGGAUGUACAUGUUAAAAACCCUAAAAUAAAGAACAAAGUUGCUCUAGUUCAUGAAACUCCUUCAGUUGGAAUAGUUCAUAAAUUAACAUACGAACAAUUAUAUGAUGAAGUAUGUUUAUUUUCAACUGCAUUAAUCAAUCUUGGCAUUCAAAAAGGAGAUCAUGUUAUUAUUUACAUGCCGAUGAUUAAUGCAUCGGUAGUUGCAAUGUUGGCUUGUGCACGUAUUGGAGCUACUCAUAGUGUUGUUUUUGGUGGAUUUGCAUCACCUCAGUUGGCCAACCGUAUCGAUCAUCUCCAACCAAAACUAAUCAUCUCUGCCAACUUUGGUGUAGAAGGCAAGAAAUUCAAUCAUUAUACACUGCUCUUGCAAAAGGCAUUAGAGUUGGCACAACACAAACCAGCACACACCAUUGUAUACACUAGAAAGGAUAUAGUGCCCGAUGUACCAUCACCCAAGAUUCAAGGUGCACUCGAUUGGCAUGAAAUCACAAAAGCAGUCCAACAUUUAUCACGUGACUAUGCAAAGGUUGACAGCCAACAUCCUCUCUUUAUUCUCUAUACCUCUGGUACAACUGGAUCACCAAAGGGGUUGGUUAGAGAGACUGGAGGUUACGUGGCGGCAGUCAACUAUGCCAUGCGACACACAUACGACAUGAAAGCUGGUGAAGACACCUUUUUUGCAGCCAGUGACAUUGGUUGGAUUGUUGGCCAUACUGGUACGGUCUAUGGAUCGCUUUGUUGUGGUCUAACAAGCAUUGUUUUUGAAGGUAAACCAAUCAUCCCAGAUGCGGGUGUUGUUUGGAAUCUUAUUGAAAAACAUCGUGUCAAUGCCAUGUUUACUGCUCCAACUGCUGUUCGUGCCAUUCAUGCAGCCGAUCCAGAUGGAAAAUUAAUCAAAAAGCAUGAUCUAUCCUCACUGCGUUCCAUUUGGCUUGGUGGUGAAAAAUUAGAUUCUGCUACUUAUUCUUUCUUGACUGAUUCAACUAAAACACCUGUUUAUGAUAAUUAUUGGAAUACAGAAUCUGGAUGGCCAAUGAUAACAAAUCCAUGUGGAAAAAAGAAGAUUGUACCAGGUGUAACUGGUAUACCAGUUCCAGGAUACAACUUUCAUAUAUUGGAUGAAAAUGGACAAAGAAUUAUAAAACCAGAUACAACAGGUGAACUUGCCAUCAAGUUACCAAUUCCACCAGGAUUUUCACCAACUCUUUUCAAGAAUCAUGAUGGUUAUGUAAAUACUUAUUUAAGAAGAUACAAGGGAUACAUGAGAAGUGGUGAUUCUGCUUUUAUUACAAAGGAUGGAUACUAUAACAUUGUCUCUCGUGUCGAUGAUGUCAUCAAUGUCUCUGGUCACAGACUUUCUACAGGUUCAAUCGAAGAGGUACUCUCUUCACAUCCAGCAGUUGUUGAAUCUGCUGUUAUUGGUGUCCAUGAUGAUAUCAAAGGAGAGGUACCAUUUGGUUUGAUUGUUGUCAAACCAAACUAUAGCCAAGCUCAUCACCACGAACAAAUUGAAAAGGAUAUGAUCAAGGCUGUCCGUGAAAAGAUUGGCCCAGUGGCAACAUUUAAACAAGUAUUGGUUGUAAAGAGACUGCCAAAGACUAGAUCAGGAAAAAUCCUAAGAGCCAUCCUUAGAAAAAUUUAUCAUGGUGAACCAUUCCCAAUGCCACCAACAAUUGAAGAUCCAGAAGUAUUAAAUGAAAUUGAAUUAAACUUUAAACAAUAUCAUCAAUCUCAUCCAAAUAAUAAUAAUAAUAAUAAUAAUUAA